AUGUCAAUAACACUCCGCCUCUCCAGCCGGCAUCAUCCUCGACUGUCUUCGUCGGCGCCAGCUCUGAUACCGAUACCGCGUCUCGCCGCGAAGCGUUAUUCGAGAUUAUGCGCGUUAUCGGUAGACACUCCAGAACAGGCAGGGGUGGGGUGUAGGGCGAGAAGGGAAUGGGCGAACGGGCAGCUGGGUUUAGGAGGCGUACCAAGGGUGGCUAGGCGGAGUGGGGGGGUUCUUGGAAUACGGUCGCAUUCUACAAAACCGACUUCUACCACCAAGGACAAACCCCAGCACGCCCAUACGCACAAACAUGAAGAUGGAGAGGAGUGUGAUCAUGGUCAUGAUCAUAGUCAUUCGGGCAUCUUCCAUACGCAUGCGCAUGAUCAUUCAGAGGGGGCGGAGCAGCUUAUGGAGGCGCUUUCCAAGGGGCAGAUGGAUAGGGGGACGAGGAUAACGCUGCUUGGACUGGGUAGUAAUGUCGCGUUGACGAUAUCGAAAGGCCUGGCGGGGCUGUGGAUGAAUUCGGCUUCGCUGCUAGCUGAAGCUGGGCACAGUCUUUCCGACUUGUUGGGUGACUUUGUCACCCUUGCCACAUGGCGUAUCUCUCGCAAACCCGCCACCGACGCCUUUCCCUGGGGAUACUCCAAGUUUGAGACGUUUGGAACGCUGACGGUAAGCGUAAUCUUGGUGGGUGGAGCGGUGGGUAUUGGGCUGCAUAGUUAUCACCUGCUGCUUCAAACACUGCUACCAUACCUCGAAACCUUCCCUCCCGGUACCCUCCUCCGCUCAUUGGCGCCCCAUCUCCCACCUUCCAUCCCCUCACCCCUCCUCGAGCUAUUCCACUCCCACGGCCCAUCGGCUCUCCCGCAUGACCAUGCCGGCGAACACGUUCACUCCCAUGGUGUCGAAGCUGCUACGUCGGGCGCCAUCUUGAACCCUCAUGCGGCGUGGUUUGCGCUGGCGAGCGUGGUGGUGAAAGAGUGGCUGUAUAGAUUGACGUCAAAGGUUGCGAAUGAGGAGCACAGUCCUGUUUUGAAGGCGAAUGCCCUGCAUCAUCGUGCGGAUGCUCUCACUUCCCUCGUUGCCCUGUCAUCCAUCCUCGGCUCUUCCUUUGGCGGCUACACCUUCCUCGACCCCCUCGGCGGUAUCUGCGUCUCCUUCUUCAUCCUCCACCAAGGUCUCUCCCUCUCCAAAGUCGCUUUCCUCGAACUCCUAGACGCCGGCGUCGACAAGAGCACCAAAGCCUCCAUAGAACGCAUAGUCGGCGGACUCGUCGAUGGCAAAGACCUCCUCGGCGUAAGGAACGUCCGCGGCGUCAAGAGCGGGGGUCAGACGUACCUCGACUUGACGGUCGUCGUACCGCCGCAUAUGACCGUGGUCGACUCGCACAACGUGGAGCAGAGGGUGAGAGAGGUGGUCAUGCGCAAGAGGAAGGAGGUGCGGGAGGUCAAGAUCCAUGUGCAUGGGGACGAUCCGAAUGAGCUGUUGGUCGUGCAAGAUGGGGACGGUGGGAAGGUGGCGAAGAAGGGCAAUGGGAAGGUUGUUGUUGGGGUAACGAGUGAUUUCGGGAGGGAGGGGUGUUGA